AUGGGAAUCAAAAGAACUAAUAUUAGUGAACUUAUAUGUAGUGCCAUUUUUGAAGGGGAGGAAAAUGGGAAAAAGUGCACCUUAGGGGGGGGAAGUACUCUUAUGGAUGUGAACGCAAAAUGUGCAAGUGUCAACAGGCAGGGAAUAUCCAACCAUUUUAUAGUGCCCAUCGAGGGAGCCCCAAGUGAAGCAGAAAAUGUAAACAAAAUUAAUGACCCCCUCCUUAGCUCAACAAAGAAUGAUGGAGUCCACCCCCAUUUGCAAUUGCGUAGUGUAAGUAGUAAGGAUGCUAAUUCUGAGGUACACAUAUGUGCAGAAAAAAAAAAUGUCGUCGAAAGGUUGGACUUUUCUACAGAACACACUACAUGUGGGAGGAAUAGAGGGAAUUUGGCGAGGCAUGGAUCGCUAAGUUUCUUUUUCAGAUUUAGAAAAAUGAUGGUGAUGGACAGUAAGAAGGGAAAAAAAGGUACCAAACGCCGGUGGAGACAUAAAAAAGGUGAAAACAAAAUAAGCACAGGGGAAACCAAUCAGGUAAACGCUAGGCAUGAGAAGAAACUCUAUAAGGAGAGCGCAAGUGGAGUGAGAAGUAGUCGACGUCGGUCGCGUGAACAAAGCGGCCGAGCAGAGCGCGAAGGGGGCUCCUUCAACAAGUACGACCUUGUCAGGAGAGACAUGAACACCAGCAAGAAUUCCGUUGAGAAAAGAAAAAAGAAAAAACUCAUCGACCACGCAAAGGAGCAUUUUUGCGAAACGAUGCACAACUACUUCUUCGACAUUUCCAAAAAUUCAGUGUUCGAUUACAGCAGCAACUUGUACAUAAAAAAAUUAAUAAAUUUAAAAAGUGGAAAAAAAAAUCUGAAAAAAAUCUACUCAGCAAAUAUAAAUAUCAAUGGAAAAGAAGAAAUCAUAGAAAAAAACAUCAUCAUGUACAUUUACGAAUUUAAUCAACUCUUAAGUGCUUUGUUGGAAAGUCAGAGAGACCAUUUCAUGUCCUGUAUUUAUGACUUGAAAUUAAAUUAUGAAAAUGCGAAGAAGGAUAACUCCAGGGAAGCGAGCAAAUGUUUGAAUGAGUUAAAAAUGGCAGAAGAAAGAAAUAAACAGUUGAAAUCCCAAGUUAAAAAAAAAAUUAGCAUUCUUCACGAGAAGGCCAAAACAAAUGCCGAACUGCUGCAGCAGCUCAGGAACGUCGAAAUUAUAAAUGCAAAACUGUGUGAAGAUCAGAAGCAAGAAAUUCAUAACCAGGAAGCUAUGGCUGAGGAGAAGAAAAAAAUAAUACGGGAGAAGCAGCAAAUUAUACGCGAGCUAAAGCAGCAGAUCACCGAUUUAUCCUUCCACAAACAGGUAGUGGCGAAAUUUUCUCAAAAUUCUGGAAUGACGAAUUCGUCCUUCAUUAUAGGGGAGAAAAUGACUCCGAAGAGCAGGUUCAAGAAGCGGUAA